AUGUUGCAACAACAGUGCCCUGUUGAUCAACUCCUCGCCAUCAGUAUGAAUAGUUCCCAGGAUACCAUCGAAGACCAGACUGUUUACCAGGACCUUAUCGCCAGAUCUGACCAACGUAAGAAGGCUGUCGAUCAAAAUGCCGCAGUCGAGAAGACAGUUUAUGAGGAGAUUACCCCAGAAGCCCAGCCACAGGCAGCCCUCCAUACAGAGGUCUUUUCCGGAGCUGACACUCAUUCUGAUAAGGGGAGUCUCAUAGGCACACUUGAGCGAAUGGCCACUACCGUGCUGGUCUUGUCUGGGAAGGUUGAUCUGUCUUUGGAUAGAGCAAAAGAGAUUGACAAGAACGUGCGCACAUUGUCUCGAACAGUUGGCAUGAUUCUGGAAAAGCUCAAGAAGACGGACGAGGUACCAACGUCGUUGCUCAACUCUAGAUCCGGAGAGGUGGAAAAUAAGUCGAACGACGGCACCAAUCACGAGACAAGUGCGAAGAGUAAACGCAAGGCCGAUGUCCUAAGAGAUACGUCUGAUACUUGCAAAAGGCAAAGACGUACCCUAUGUUAA